UCGAGGCGCAUUCGGACGAAACUUCCUCGGGACGGUCGCUCACAUAUUUUUCUCAGAGAUUUUGAAAAAAAGAAAGUGAUAAAAAGCAGAAUCGAGAGAUCCAAUUUACGAUUUCCUCGCGAAAAGAAAGAAAAAAUAUCAAUCGCGAAAGAGUCGCGUGAGCAUAAUAAUCACGGAAUUCGAUCGAUGAGGGAAAAUGGCACAUUACGUCGAUCUCGUUGCGUCCUUUAUUAUCCUUCUCCUGAUGGCCCACCUGGAGCAGCUGGUCCUGCACAAACGAGCGCUCGUUGUCGAGGGAAGAAUGGAGGCUCAGUUCGAGAAAUGCUGCGGCCUUGGCUCUUCUUGGGCUCAGGAGGGUCUUAGGUGUGAGAAGUUCACUGGGCCUGUGACCGGAGUGCCGAGGGUGGAGCAAGGUCUUUGCCUCGAGGCUGUUGAUAUCUGUUGCGUCCGGGCUUAUCACGAACUGCAAUGCGAAAAAGGAAAAGCCGACGCGCGCAAAGGUCUGGCCUGCGUGACAAGCACGGCGUCACAAAGAUCUCCGAAGACUUUCGGCCGCGGAGAUUAUCAUCGCGACUGUUGCGAGGGCUGCAAGCUAGGUAUCCUCGCGGGGUCUAUGGGUCAAGGAUGCUCCUUCAAAAGCUUCUCGUUUGGCAUUCCCUGGGAUCCCGCCUUCUUGGAAUGCUGUCGCGAAGCGUCGCCGAGCUCCACGACGGAUCUUACGAGUGAAUUGUCAAGCGAGAGUUCAACCGAAACUGAUCUAGAUUUCUCAUCGUCCUCGCCAACGUCCUCGCCAACGUCCUCGUCAACGUCCUCGUACUCGCCGUCGCCGUCAUCGUCAUCAUCAUCAUCAUCAUCAUCGUUAUCAUCGUCAUCAACGUCACCGUCGUCAUCGUCAUCGCCGUCGUGGUCGUCUUCACCUUCUUCAUCUACAUCACCUUUAUCCACAUCAUCGGGCGAGCCUUCCUCUUCGUCAUCAGAUUCCACGCCGUACUCAAUUCCAACUCCAGAGUUGGAUGAUAUCUGUCAACUCAUGAAAGGCAUGCUUUGCACUGACAUUUGCGUACCGACUCCCGGCUCGUAUCGCUGCGAAUGCCGCGACGGCUUCACUUUGUUGGAGGACGGAAAAACUUGUAGGCAGGAUCAACCAGUCGACAGAUGCAAACCAACUCACCCCUGCGAGCAUCGGUGCACCGACAACGGAGUGGCUGUCGUAUGCAGUUGUAAUCCAGGAUACGAUUUGGCCAAGGACGCACGUUCGUGUAUCCCGAAGUCACCGAGGAAAAAGAUGCCGGACGAAGACGAGGAUGACGAAUCGCCGUUAUGUCCGUCGGGCUAUCGUUAUAACGCCACCAAUCAGGUGUGCGACGACGUGGAUGAGUGUCUGGAGCGCAGCGUGUGUCCCGGUGGAGGUUGCCAGAACACCAUAGGAUCGUAUAUUUGCAUCAGGGAGAAAUUCGCGAAGAAUGCACUCUACAAAGCUUGCCCUCCGGGCUACGAAUCGCAUCCAUUGGCAAACGACUGCGCAGAUAUCGAUGAGUGUACCGUCUUAUCAGCUCCCUGCACCACAGAUAAACCGUUUUGCGUGAAUACGCCGGGUAGUUACACGUGUCUAGAAAUGACCGGCGUGAAAUCCUGCCCUGCGGGAUUCAAGUUCGACAAAUCAUUGCAGCUGUGCAAAGAUGUGGACGAGUGCGCGGAAGAUAUUCACAGCUGUGUAGCAGAUGUCGAGCAAUGUCGAAACACCGAGGGUGCUUACGAAUGCGAUAUAAAAUGCGGGAAAGGAUUCACGUACAAUAUCGGCCUGGGAGUUUGCGUCGACAUAGAUGAAUGUAUCGAAUCGAGCAAUUCUUGUCACGAUCCCGACACGAUAUGUGUUAACACGGAGGGUGCGUACGAAUGUACAAAGACAUCGGCGAGUCCUCUUCCACAUAUUUCAAACGACGACAAUCCGUCCGAUCAUCAAAAGAGUAUGCAAUCCAGUUCACGUAUGACUUGUUCAGCGGGAUAUAAACCCUCUAACGAUUCUGGAAUAACGAGGUGCAUCGACGUCGACGAGUGCAACGAACAAUUGCAUUCCUGCGCGUUUGACGAGCGUUGCGUUAAUGAAAUUGGUAGUUACAGGUGCCUAGGGGUUGAAAAUAAUAAGGGUGCAUCUAUCAAAACGGAAGAAAGCAACGACAAUCAACGCGACGAUCGAUUUAGUCGAGGGUACAAAUUAGAGGGAACGAACAUUUCGUCGCUUAUGAAUGAAAUCGAGGAUUGUGGCGAUGGUUACUUUCUCGAUGAGAAAUCUGACCGUUGCAUCGAUGUUGACGAAUGUGCCAAUGGAAUAGCGAUUUGUGGUAUAAGCGAGCGUUGCGUGAACACGGAAGGUGAUUACCGAUGUUCUCCAAUUUGUCCACCUGGUUUUCGACUGCGCAACAAUUCUCGACCUGCGAACGAGGUCAAGGAACAUUGCGAAGAUAUUAAUGAAUGCUUGCUAGGUUUGCACGCCUGCAAUAGGUUGACUCAAUAUUGUAUUAAUACAAACGGUUCCUACGUUUGCGGAACGCGAACCACUACUACCAGAAUCGAGACGACGACUAGAAGCAGCACGACAACAAGAAGACCUUUCGUUGAUUCGCGCUACAACAAAGUACAGGUCCCUAGAAGUAGUUUUAGCACGGAUCGUUACUGGUCCACGGAACCCUGUAGAUUGGGAUACAAGAGAGACGCAAAUACAGGCUACUGCGUGGACAUAGACGAGUGCGUGGUCGGUCCUGGAUGUAGGGAUCAUGAGAAAUGCAUGAAUACUCCAGGGGGCUAUGACUGUUCGCCCCUUUGUAGCACCGGCUGGUACUUUAGCACGACGACGAAGAGCUGUCAAGACGUGGACGAGUGUUUGUUAGGCGGUCACGAUUGUCCUCAGAGUACGCAUAGAUGCGUCAACACUAACGGGUCCUUUGUUUGCGAGUUAAUACCGCCCUGCAGUCGUGGCUACAGACGAGCCUUCAACGGCACCUGUCUUGAUAUCAACGAGUGCUCCGAGAACUUGCAUAACUGUCGGCUUAACUUGCAUCAGUAUUGCGUAAAUAAAGAAGGUGGCUUCGAGUGUUUGACCAGACUGCCCUCUUGCCCGUCUGGAUAUGAGUAUUCUUUGGGCGCUCGACGAUGCGAGGACAUCGAUGAGUGUCUAACCGGGCAGUACAACUGUGACGCGAGAUUUUCCGAGAGAUGCGUCAAUCUGCCGGGUACCUACAGAUGCGAGAGACCUCCUCCUACUCGUCAACGUCAACGACCAGCUUGUCCUUCCGGCUAUCGGUAUCAUCCUAGUUUACGCAGAUGUACAGACAUCGAUGAAUGCGCGGAGAAGUUGGACACGUGCGGGGACAAGCUCUGCUACAAUCAACCAGGUGGUUACAGUUGUUCGAUGCCACCUGUUCCAAUGACCAGAAAACCGACUACGACACCGAUGCCGGCUCCGAUGAACGAGAAGUGUAUACGCGGCACCAGAUUCGUGAGGAAUCGCGGCUGCGUCGACGUCAACGAGUGCAGAGAGUUGGAGGAUGCCUGCAGCAGCAAUGAGGAGUGCGUCAACACCGUAGGCAGCUAUACGUGCACCUGUAAGACCGGUUUCAGGCGUGAUAAUCUCACACAGGCCUGCGUCGAUAUCAACGAGUGUCAGUUACAGGAGAACGACUGCCUGCCGACGCAGCGAUGCGACAACACAAUCGGCAGCUAUACGUGUACGCGAUUUUUGCCUUGCGGCACCGGCUAUACGUUGAACGCUGCAACGGAGAUCUGCGAAGACGACGACGAGUGUGUUCUGGGCACCCACGACUGCGGGUCCGGAUAUCAGUGUAGAAACACCCUGGGUUCGUACCGCUGCGAUCGCACACCGCGUAUACCGACUCCGCAGUCGCGUACGUCGCCAAUGACGACGCCGAGAAUCACGACGAUUACGACGACGACGACGACGACGACGACGACACCGACGUCGUUGAUGACUGGUCGUCCGAUAACUGGUUCUUCAGCGAACUGCCCGCUCGGCUUCGAGCCCGGUUCUGGCGGCAAAUGCAUGGACGUAGACGAGUGCCAAAGAACGCCAAAUCUCUGCGGCACGAAAAUGUGUACCAACACUCUAGGAUCUUAUAGAUGCGGAUCCAGGUUGAUCUGCGGACCCGGUUUCAUCCUGGACCCGGUGACCGGACAGUAUUGCGUCGACGUGGACGAAUGUCGGGAGGGAACGCACGAGUGCGGGAAAAAUCAAGUCUGUGAGAAUCGACGAGGCGGGUAUCACUGCAUCUGUCCGCCUGGUCACGCAGUCGGUCCCAACAACGAUUGCGUCGACAUCGAUGAAUGUAGUUACGCUAUUGGUAUUUGCGGACCGAACAGCCGCUGCGAGAACACCGUUGGCUCCUUCAAAUGUCUAUGUGGGGAAGGUUUCGAAAACGUUGGGGAAGCGUCCGGUACCUGCCAAGACGUCGACGAGUGUCAGCGAACCCCGGGACUCUGUCAACACGUGUGCUUCAACGUGUGGGGCAGUUAUCGAUGUGGAUGCCAAGCUGGAUUCAGGCUAAAUGCCGACAAUCGUUCUUGCAGCGACAUUGACGAGUGCACGGAGUUCAAGGACAGCCAUCUCUGCAUCGGUAUCUGCGAGAAUACUCCGGGAAGCUAUGCGUGCAAAUGUCCCGAAGGAUAUAGGCUCGGUAACGACGGUCGAACGUGUCAAGAUAUCGACGAGUGCGAGGCAGGCCAAGUGUGCAGGGAUGCGGAAGAGACGUGCCAGAAUACGCGCGGAAGUUUCCGAUGUAAUCGGAUAAACUGUCCCUCGGGGUACCAUCGGGACCCCAUGAGAAAAAACCGCUGCGUACGCUCCUCGAGGUUUUGCCGCAUGGACGACCUGGCUUGCCUUCGGUCGCCCUCGCAUUAUUCCUACAACUUCAUUACCUUCGUGAGCAUGCUGCCCAUGCCGUCCACUGGUCAACUGGAGCUGUUCACUAUGCGAGGAAGUUAUCAGUCCGAAUCGACGGUACAUUUCACCAUGGCGUUGGUAGACGUGCGCGCACCACCGGGUGUCGAACGCGCCACGGAGUCCUGCUUUGCCCUGAAGAGACCGGCGCCGUCGCAGGCGGUCCUGGUGCUGACGCGCACGAUUCCUGGACCGCAGGAGAUCGAGCUGGAUCUCACGAUGGAGAUCUAUCAAGACGCUACAUUCGUCGGAAGUGCCAUCGCUAAGAUCCUCAUUUUCGUCUCGCAAUACGAAUUCUGAGAAGGCCUUUUGAACGAAGAUAAAACGCAGAUGAACAAAGAUGGAAGUUAAAGUCGUAAAAAUAAAACGACGUAAUUUAGAAGUACGCUUAAUUGUCCGAUCUACGUGAUUUGCCUCUUCUUCCAUAGUGUUACUGUCAUCAUAAGAGCAAGAAGCGUUUUAUAUUCAAAUCUUGUUUUACGUUAAACAUUAUGUACGUGCCAGCUGCUCCUCCGGCUGCUCCUCCGGCUGCUCUGGUUCACCCUGUAUAAACGAACUUUUUUCUUUUCCAAGGUAAUAAAAUGUAAUUACCAUUUUAAGCGACAUAUGUUUUUCGAACUAAUAAAACGGAUCUUUUUUUUCAUUUUCUGCUCAUUUUUAAAAGUAUAAGUAUAUGAAAAAUAAAUAUAACACGAGCUAGCAUUUGGGUCGUAGAUAUGUAAAAAGACGAAUUAAAUGUAUAUAUAGAUUUCUGUAAGUUAACACACAUAAGGGAUAUAGCACAAAAUAAACUUGUGUUAGAUGAUAUAUGAAAUUUAUAAUAAUCUCCACUUGAUACUUUAUAAAAUCGCAGCUUUAUUAAAUGUUUCACUAGCGACACACUCUCCUCCCUCUAAUUUACACGGUCCGCUGUUCGUAAUCGGAACAACGCCUCUAUUGCUUCAAAUCUAACUCUUCGCUUCUCCUUCACAGAAGACGAAUAAAGCAAUAAAUCUGAGAUCCUUAGUGUUAAUUGCCGCUUCGUUGCAUGAUACGCGCGUUAAUGUAUAUAAUGUUAUAUAUA